CCCUUCCUUAUCGGACCCCUCCCCUGCCCCUCUCCCUCUCUCUUUGAUAACGCCCAAAUCACUCCGUCCUCUCCCCUUCCCCUCUCCCUCUCUCUUUGAUAACGCCCAAAUCACGCCGAACUCUCGCCUUCCCCUCUCCCUCUAUCUUUGAUUAACUGCCAAAACCCCGAUCUCUCCCCUUCCCCUCACCCUCUAUCUUUGAUUAACGCCCAAAACUAUUUAUUACCUUCUUUAUCUGUGCUUUCCCCCGCCCGUCGACGUUCCGACUCCUCGUCUGUUUCCCUCUACCGCACACCUGCUCUUCCCUUCCGUUUUAUGCUUCUAUAAAUACCUUCUGUCUCAAUUUUGAUGGAACAACGAAAGUUUUUUUUUCCAAUUGUGUCAGAUUUUUAUUUGCGGAGUAGAAAAUUCUCAAGAAUGCAAGAUUAAGAUCAAACAACAAUUACAACAAGGAAAACAAGGGAAGAUGACUGCUGAAAGACAACGUAAAGGUGAAUACAGCUUCAUUAAGGAUUUGAAGUUAUAUCAAGAAUCUUUCUCAAUCAAAGUGCUUAUACUAAAAGUGUCCUUGGAGCAAUUCUCAUCGUCAAAAGGUUCAGGUCAGGUUCAAAAGAUUAUUGUGAUUGACGAAGAGGGAACAAAGAUUCAAGCCACACUUUUCAAUGCUACAAUAGCUACAUUUGAGGAAUACAUCCAUCUCAACAAUACCAUUAUCAUCAAGAAUGGUAUAGUCAGGCCUAUAAAUAGGAAAUAUGCAUCGGUAAAUCCGAAUUUUGAGCUUGCUUUUGGACACAACACAAAAAUUACAUUAUCCGAAAAUGAAAUCAAUAUGGGUACCCUACCAUUUUCAUUCAAGCGAUUCAAAGAGGUGACAAAGACAAAUAAUGAAAAUAUAUUUUUCGAUGUGUUAGGAUUCAUCACUUCAGUGAGACCGUUGUACACAACAAAUACAUCUGUUAGAAGGGAGAUCACAAUAAUGAAUGAAGAGUUGGAUCCAUUGAUAUUAACAUUAUGGGGAGAGUAUGCAGAGAAAGAAGGUCAAGUAUUUGAAGACAAGAAAAAACAACAACCAAUUAUAGCAAUAAUUAAUGUUACUGCAAAUAGAUAUAUGGGAGUUCCGCAAAUAUCAACAAAGCCUGCAACAAUAUUUUUUAUAGAUCCAAACAUUUCUGAAGCACAUACUCUUAAAGAAUGGAUGACAGGGAAGGGGAAAAAUUAUGAGAAGCUGAUGCAGCAUACACCAUCGAAGCUAAUGAGGAGGUCUAAAAAGGUUAUGCUUGGUGAUAUCAUCACAUCAUCAACAGCUACGAAACUGAAUAUGUAUUCCUACUUUAAAGCAGAGAUAUCAGCAAUAAUCAAUCCAGAAUCACCUUGUUACACCGCAUGCAAGAGUUGUCAAAGAAAGGUUUUUGUUGAAGACAUCAUAACUAAUUGCAACAAUUGCAACACUGAAGAUGCAGAAUGGGAAAUAAAGUACCUUAUGCGAUUGGAAGUUAAAGAUCAUAUCAACAAGGCAUAUGUUACACUUUUCGAUGAAGCUCGGUAUCUAACUGGUUGUUCAGCUGAAGAAUAUGUAGAUUCAUUUACUGAAGAAGGAAAGAAAAUGAUGAGCUGUUGCGACAAAGAAUAUCUUUUCUUGGUAAAAAUGAACAGGAAAGAUGAAGAGAAAAGAAUUGAAGGAAGAAUAACCGCUCAAGAAAUAUGCAGCCCAAACAACUUCGAACCAAUAGAAUGUGAUGAAGAUGAAGAUUCAAAGGACAUUUCACUGAAGCGAAAGAGUAUGACAAGCCUGAAAAAAGAUAUGAACAAAAGAAAGUUCAUGAAUAAUGAAAAUAUUAAAAUAGAAACUGAGAAGUGAUACAUCAUUUAUAGUGCUAUGAUGCUAUGAUGAAUACACUUAAUUAUGUUUAUUAAAAAUAUUAUGUCGAGGAUUUUGCACAUGUGUUGAUUUUAAUAAGUACAUUUUUAAUAGUGUUUGUUUGUUUAAAGUAUUAUGAGUCAAA